CGCCCCUCGCCCGGGCCGCCCCGCGCAGUCCGCCGCCGCCGCCACCUCAGCUGCACUAGGUCCGGCCCGCCGCUCUCCACCCACAGCCCCGCCGCUCGGCUCUGACGGUCCCGCACGCCCGCCGCUGCCUCCGCCGGCGCUCCCGAUUCAUCCAUGAGCUCAGAUUUCCCACAUUACAACUUCAGGAUGCCUAAUAUUGGAUUCCAGAAUCUGCCUCUCAACAUAUAUAUUGUGGUUUUUGGAACUGCUAUAUUUGUCUUCAUCCUUAGUUUACUCUUCUGUUGCUACUUGAUAAGGCUAAGACAUCAAGCACACAAAGAAUUUUAUGCCUAUAAACAGGUUAUAUUAAAAGAGAAAGUAAAAGAACUGAAUUUGCAUGAACUCUGUGCAGUGUGUCUAGAAGACUUCAAGCCUCGAGAUGAGUUGGGGAUUUGUCCGUGUAAGCAUGCCUUCCACAGAAAGUGCCUUAUUAAGUGGCUGGAGGUUCGGAAAGUGUGUCCACUGUGCAACAUGCCGGUUCUGCAGCUGGCCCAGUUGCACAGUAAGCAGGACCGUGGACCCCCACAGGGGCCCCUGCCAGGGGCAGAGAACAUUGUAUAGCUCACCACAGGAUCACACUGUUGCCGGAUUCCACGUCCACAUAGAGGCAAGAGGAACACAAGUGUUCUCUGUGGUGGCUGUUCUACCUGGGGUGCCAGCUGCCACUUCCUUUGCCUCAUGAGAAACUCUUGGGCCAACUAAGCUAAGAACUCAGACUUCUGGGUUACGUGACAACCAAAGCACGCUGACAGCACCUUGUGUCAAGAGAAAAGAAGUUCAAUGAGCCUGCGGGUUUGGUUCAAGAAACUUCAUGGGAGUCUCUUGCCAACUCAAUUCCAUGCUGUCUCCCUGACACUUAUCUCCAUGGACGGUGACUUUUGUCAAGCAGAAAGGAAGAUAAACACAAGUGCUAGAGAAAGGAACUGAGGGCAGGUCUUUAAAGCCACCAACGUCCCUGCCCUGUGGACAGACGAGCUUCUAUGCCGACUCUGCAUGCCUUAGCAGCAGCAAACCUUCCCGGCAGCCCCUGAGCCAAGGAAAACCAGCGGUUACCUCAGCCGAAGCAUGACCGGUUGCCUGGUUGGCGAGACAGUGCCAACAAAGGCUCGUCACCUUCUAUUCCUUUGAUAAAAUCAUCUUGGAACCCAAGGGCUUUGGUUACAGUGCCCCUCACUAUCACUUCUCCCUCAGUUUUACAUCUGCGUAUCAAGUUACCUAAGCUGAAAACAUCAGAUGCGCUUGGAAAGGCCUGGUCAGAAGCCAUUUCCUCUUAUUCCACAUCCACCUCACCAGGGAGGCACAGCCAAGCUGCCCAUCAGGGGCCCCAGCGGGCCUGGGCCUGGGCCUGGGCCGGGCCUCUGAGCCCUUGCUGUUGGUGUGUGCCCCGGGGCCUCAGAGUGCUGCCCACAUUCCCCCAUUCGAAGUGUGGUUCCAGCAUAGCUGCUGGUCUUGGCCCACGGUCUUGGGAGGGAGCCACUGGGAGUCCUCAGACAGCGGAGCAUGGCUAGUCCUCCUGGCCCUGCUGAGACAGGAGGGUGCUGGCCCCCUUUCCUCUCCCCUCCUCGCCCUCUCUUUUUCUACUUCAGAGAAAAUGCUGGCAUUGACUUUUUAACCAUUUAAAACAUCCCAAACAAGAUCCCUCUGUAAUUCUUUAGCCAGGGACCCACUUGAAAUUGUAAAUAGUUUCAGGAAGCUCCGAGAGGGCUGUUCACUCAUUGGUGUGUGCCUCAGUAUUCGGACUUGCAAAAAAUAAUUGCAAGUGUCUUUACAGGAGAGAAAUGCAUGCUUUUCUUUGGCUCUUUCUGUCCAACUUUUCUAGAAGUGACUCAGAAUCCUUUAGAUUCAUGAAUAUUGUAUAAAUUAGCUGAGAACUUUGUAGUUCUUUUCCACAGCUCUGUUCUCCAUCUCCUUCCAUUCUAGGGAUGGGUACCUUGUCAGCUUGCCUCUGCUCCCUCACAGGUGUGAGGGGGCUGUUUCUCUCUGGAGAUGCUGCCCGCAUGGUAUGGAGAGAGGAUGAAGUUUUGCAAUUCUGAUUAUGGCAUUUGUCCAAGAACUUUUUCUGGAAUCCAGCCUCUACCGCUUUAGAAUGGGAAAGGGAACCUACCCUUGGCUCAGGUAGCUGCAGUCAAAGGAUGAGGAAAAUUCCUGUUAGCCUAGCGAAGUGCUGGGCAGAAUCCAGUUUGGAAAAUUACAACUCCACUUGGUUAGAAGUGGCUGUUUCCUGUGUGACCUAGUGUAUGGUAUUCCUAUGGUAUGCCAACUGGACUGUUUCUUAAACAGGGCAAGGGAAGUGUGGAAUAUUUUUAUAUGAAAGCCUUAGCCUGUUUGGCACCCAUGAAAAGAACUAUUUGGACUUUCACCCUCUGUUUCUGUGUUCUCUCUAGCACAAUAGAGUUGAAUGCUGCAAAGCACCCAGUUUACAGUGAAAUAUUGUUAGUGACCAAGUAGGCUUGCUUCUGGACUAGCCUCACUAAUGACCAGCAACCCACCAUUUCCCCUGGAAUGGCGUUGGGACAAAUGUCAUCUUGUUGUGGACUUCAAAUAAGAGAGUUUCUUUCCCCUCA